UUUGGUAUCACACUGGUCUUAUGACCAUGGCAGGCAGAUCUAGAAAGAAAAUAUGUAUUUUGCAUAUUCUUUGCAUAUCAGUUAUGUGGCAUAUUUGUCACACUCAAGUUGCUCAGCAAGAAGAACCUGUCCACUGCUUGCCUGUGGCAGAUGAGAUGAAUAAUGCUCGAGUAAAUGUCCAGUACACGUCAGGAAGUAUUCAUCGAAAUGAUAUGUACUCUGUUGCCUUCUUCUAUCAGACAGAGGAAUGCUAUCAGUGCCCUUUGAUGAGGAAAGCAGUAAUUUUGAAUAAUUAUACUUGCAAUAUUUUGGUUGACUCAAGAUGGAAAGCAAGAAUAGAAAUACGACCUCUAAAUACAACUAUUGUUACACCAGACAAGAGUUGCUCGGAAAGUGAGUUGAGUACAAAAUUGCAUGAAUAUGGAGACUACAAUUUGGUGGUGACCUUCAAUCCUUCCAGUAGUCUCAUGGAAACCUCAGAGGGCUCAGUCCGAUGUAGAUCUCUGGUGUUGAAUAACAUGCCAGACGAUACAUAUAUUCCCAUAUAUGUUGCCCUUGGAUGCAUUGCUGGUGUGUCCAUUAUCUUAACUAUUGGGAAAUUUCUUUACAAGAAAAGAUGGUAUUGUUUAAACAGACUAUUUAUGAGAACAGGAAAUGAAAGUCUAAUAAAUCCUAAAAAGUCUGAGUUAGCAGACGAGAGCCCCACUGCCCCAUUCAAACCCACCCCACGCUCUUCUCUUAGGCAGCGUAAACCAACAAAAAAGCAGAAACAAUCUGCCACAAAUUCUGGUGGGGACUUGGGGGCCUACUCAAAUGAAGAUUUGGGUAUGAUGCAGACAACGAUAAACCCAGCAGACGGACAAGACAGUAGGCCACAAAGAGAGAGGCUGAAGUCGUUAGAUACAUUUAGAGGGAUUAGUAUUAUCGUUAUGAUAUUUGUUAACUAUGGCGGAGGAGGAUACUGGUUUUUCCGUCAUAGUCGAUGGAAUGGUUUAACCAUUGCGGACCUUGUGUUUCCAUGGUUUAUCUGGAUAAUGGGUACAGCAAUGGCCUACUCAUUUACUGGUCUGCUUAGAAGAGUGACCCCCAAACACCAAAUCUUCUGGAAGAUCUUCAAGAGAAGCUGUAUACUGUUUGUGCUAGGUUUGCUGGUCAACACAGGAGGGUGUGAAGCAACUCCUCUUACCAAACUAAGAAUCCCUGGAGUGCUUCAGAGGUUUGCAGGAACUUACCUUGUUGUGGCAACAAUUCACAUGUUCUUUGCCAAAACAGUUGAUGUCAGCAUGUAUACUUACUGGGGCUUUAUCCGAGACAUUGUGGAUUACUGGAUGGAGUGGAUAUUACACAUCAUCAUUGUGACUAUUCAUCUUGUGAUUACUUUUGCAUUAGAUGUUCCAAACUGUGGCAAAGGCUAUCUUGGGCCUGGUGGUCUACAUGAAGAUAAAAAAUACGAGAACUGUACGGGAGGAGCAGCUGGCUAUAUUGACAGAGAAGUGUUCGGAAAUGACCACAUUUACAACAGCCCCACAUGCAAGCCAAUAUACAAGACAACUGUGCCUUAUGACCCCGAAGGACUUUUAGGGACUUUGAAUUCAAUAUUUAUGUGCUAUCUAGGAUUACAGGCUGGUAAAAUAUUGAUGACAUAUAAAGAACCGGCACCCAGAGUGAAAAGAUUUGUAAUUUGGGGUGUAAUAUUGUGUCUGAUUGCUGGUAGUUUGUGCCAUUUCAAAAAAGAUGGAGGAAUAAUUCCAAUCAAUAAAAAUUUAUGGUCUUUAUCCUAUGUUUUCUGUAUGGCAGGAUUCGCAUUUUUCUUGUUAGCAUUUUGUUACCUAACCAUUGAUGUUUACAAAGUUUGGAGUGGGGCACCUUUUUAUUUCCCAGGUAUGAACCCCAUUCUGUUAUACAUGGGGCAUGAAGUCUUGCAUCAUCACUUUCCACUCAGCUGGAGUGUGGCCCACAAGCAUUCCAAUAUACUUCCUAUGGACUUAUGGGGCACGGUAUUCUGGGUCCUUGUCGCACUAGUGUUGUAUAAGAAAAGGCUCUAUUUCUCAGUCUGAUAUACGAGUCAUUUUUGUUUAAAUCAUUUUUCAUGUUACGCUCAGUGGCCACAACAGAAUAACGUAAAUGAUAUACCAAAGACAGCGAUUACAUUGAGCAGUGUUUUUGUCUAUUUACCUUGUUAGGGGAAGUUCUUGCCCAUGUUAAUUUUGCCCAGAUGUUUUGUUAAGUGUGAAAUAGGUCAAAAUGAAAUGGGUAAGAAAACUUCCUUGUGUAUUAAUAAAAAUCUUUGUCAUUAGAGUAAUAUUUCAGCAAAUUACCCACGAUAUUAUAUUUUAUACUACCUUAUACGGAAAUAAUUAGGCAAGUAGUGUGGACAGUAAACUCAUAUGUAGAUUAUAUCUUGCCAUAAAAUUGUCAAGACUUUUCAGCUAAUGCAUACUGGGAGGAAAUUUGCUAUGACUCAAAAGUAGGUUAUGAUAAUUUAAUGUUUUGAUAUUACGAGGCUUGCAUCAUAUCUGCACAUUGUGAGGAUGGCUUUACAUAGGUCAAGAUGAAUUGAUUUUCUGUUUUUCUGACUAAUAUUUUAAUUUUCCUAGUGUGUUUGAUGUUUGAUGAUUACAGAGUUUUGAGCUAGUCUGAAUUUUGUAACUUCAGCACUCAUUUUCUUCAUAUUUGAAUUAAAAAAGGAAAUUGUAAUUUGGAAUCUCAAAAAUUCACAAACACAGAAAAGAGGUAAAUAUUUUGUGGCCCUUGAGAUUGAUAAUUUACCCAUUGCAGAUAGCUUCAGAAUCUAAUUUUUUCCAGUCAUAAAAUGUACAUAUAUCUUAUAACAUAUGUUCCUCAUGAUAAAGAUGAAGAUACAAGUAAAAGUCGGCAUCAAUGUCUAAUGUUAUAGAGUGAGACUUCCCCCAUAGUGACCCCUCCCCGCUUAAGUCUGGCUCUUGAGUGAGCCCCCCCCCCCCUCCCCCUCCCCCCUCUCCCUAGCUUUGUAGCGAGACUUCCAAAGCUCCCCCACUGAAGUUUUACUUAGAAUCAAGACAGCCUCUGCAAAGAUCACAUCAAAUCCUAACUUUAAAAAAAAAGUGAGGGGGGGGGGGGUGUCACCACUAGCUACUUCUUAAAGCUUUUCUGCCCAUGUGGGGUGCAUGAAUUGUGUCCAUUUACCAAACCUGCAUUGUAUUCACUUUAUGUAUAACUUUAGUUUAUAUUUAUUUAUUCUAUGUAAAAACGUUAAACCUAUGAGCUGUAUGGUUCUUGGUGAUAAGCAAUACAAUAAAGAACCCAUUGUAGUGAAGCCUUGCAGUUAUAUACACAAACAUUAUUUAAAUCACAAGCUGUGUAAUACCAAAACCCCCUAAACAAUGUUGUAAACUAGCAAGUUACAUUUCAGUAUGAUAGUAAUUAUUUGCCUUCUCUGACUUUCAUAUCAUUGUAUCAGAAUUGUCUGCUUAUUUCUUUUGCAACUUUCAUAAAGAUUGUUUUGUUAGUAAGAAUACUCUGGCGAUCAAAAAAGGUCGAAAUCCAAUCUUUCUAAAAAGUUCUAAAAACUGAUGAUACAUACUUGAUUUAAGUUUUUAUUACCUAAAUCAACCUAAUUUGAAUUCAACUCUGCAAAGAAUAUUCAAAUGUAUUUAAAAUUUUGUGUGAGUAGUUUAGAAGGUUGAUGGGAAGGUUUACUCCCAAGCCAAGCUCCUUAAGGUAGUACUCUACAUCGUCAUAAUGGCUGACUUACUUUAAAAACUGGGAUGAAAAAAUAGAUAUCAGCAAUAUUAGACUUUUCCUUUUCUAUUUAAAUACCUAGCCGAGUAGCUCAGUAGGUUAGAAUACCGACUACUGAACUGUAGGUCGCAGGUUCAAGUCCAGCAGGGGUUUUAAUUUUUUUUCAGAUUACCUUCUAUUAAAACUGUAUUUUUGACAAAAUAAAGUAGAUUUAAAAAUUUUCAACUUCAAAAUAUUGUUGUACAUAUCCUCCACUUUUCAUCUACAUCAAAUUUCUCUGGUGUUGCAUACCUCCUUAAAGUGGGAGGUUGGAACUCUUAAAGCCAGAUUUCCAGCCUGAGUCUCACAAGCAGAGUUUUGAAGAGAGACUGGUUCUGGAGUGAACCUUCUUCCAUGAGGAAACUCUCACUCCAAAUGUAGAUUUCAGCUUUUGCCAGGUCUCACUUCAGAGAUUGAUUUUGGCAUAGGGCGAAGAUAGAUCUUCCAGAGGAGAAAUCUCACCCCUUAACUAGAUUUCUGUGAAAGGUAUCGCUUCAGAACAAGACUUCCACGAAGGGACACGACUCUGGGGGGAGACUUAACUCUAGAGUGGAUCUUCCUCCAUAGGGGGUCUCAUCUAGGGUAAGACUUGGGAGGGGGGGGGGGGUCACUUAUGGGGAAAUUUCACUCUCUAACACAGGUAUGGAGUUAUUAAGUAAACAACAGAAACAUUGGGUAAUUUGUAUAAUCGGGGAAGAAUUAUCAAUGAAUUGUUCAUGUGGAAAACCAGCAGUAUAUUAUUAUACAGAUUUCGAGACAAUGUACUAUUUCAUUCAUCAGCAUCAUCCAUGCUUCAUUUUUCUGAAUGGUUUUGUUAUUAUUCUCCUUGUUUACGGGGUUUGUUAUGUGGGAGGUCAAUAUCAGGGUCACAGUAGCCUUUUGUGCCCCACAGGUGCAUCAUGUGCCUUAUUGAUUGUUCUGACGAGAUUAUUUAUAUUUAUGGACCAAUACACAUCUUUCAGUACCUAAAUGAUAAAUACUUGUAUCCUUCAUUGCAUUUUUCUGUAUGACCACACCAAAUACAUUUGAAUUCUUUUAUUAAUCAUGUGUAUACAUCAUAAUGAUUUACUAAUACUGUACUGUGCAAUAUGCAAUUUUUUGAUAAAUUGACCAGAUUUGUG